AAUAGCAUGCUUAUAUAAAAAUGUGGGGAAUAUAAAUUUUGUUCCGUACGUUUUGAAAGAUAUAAACAUAUCAGACUGUAGCUAUACUGAUUUUGCCAAGCAACAAGCAUAUCGCUUAUAUAACAUGGCACUUUAGCCUUUCCUAUAACUACUAUGAGUAAGGAUUUUGGAGCAGCAUAGUUAUGGGAGCACAAGGACAGAUGUUCAUAUGCUUUGUUUUGAUAUCUCUGAUCAUCAACGCAGAAUGUACAACUAAUAUUUUGAUGGCGGUCAUGAAACUAUUACAAGCGCACCCACAAACUAGCAUGCCCAUGAACAAUACAUGCAAGCCCAAUUGCUGCAGUGCUAUGAAAUGUCCAACAAAAAUGAAAUGCAUGCCACAUCAGAAAAUGAAACCAAACGCAGGAUCGUGCGGCUGUUGUCCCAAGUGCAUGACACAGCUAAGUCAAGGAUCACCAUGUCAUCCAAAACCAAAACAUCCUAUGCCGAAGAUGCCGUCUUCAGAGUGUGGUUGUGGAAUGCAAUGCAAAGGGGGCAAGUGCUGUAAAUAAGUGUAUGAAACGAAAUAAAUAUUUUUUUAGCCGGAA